UGAGUUUGGGCUGUCAAGAGAGCGGGAUGUUCGUAAAUUUUUCAGCGUGGUGAGCGCAGUGUUUUUUGUGAAAAAUCCCCAUUUUCCUGGACAAAAGGAUGUUCCUCGUCGCUGUAACAGGUGGAAUCGCCACGGGCAAGAGCACAGUGACUCAGGUGUUCAGGGACAAUGGAAUUCCAGUGAUAGAUGCCGAUAUAAUAGCGAGAGCAGUGGUGGAACCGGGGAAGCCCGCUUGGCAGAAGAUCAAGAUGGUGUUUGGGGACGGGGUGUUGACGCAGAGCGGCGAGAUCGAUCGGGAGGCUCUGGGGCGUCUCAUCUUCAACAGCGCCGAGAAGAGGAAGAUUCUCAAUGAGAUCACUCAUCCGGAAAUUCACCGGAUCAUGUACAAGCAGAUCAUCAAGUACUUCUUCCUGGGACAUUCGUUCGUGGUGCUGGAUCUGCCGCUGCUCUUCGAGACGGGUGUUAUGCUCCAGUUUAUCCACAAAAUCAUCACAGUCACAUGUGAGGAGGACAUGCAAUUGACAAGACUGAUGGACAGGAAUCGCUUUUCCGAGGAGGAUGCCAAGAAGAGGAUCGCAGCUCAAAUGCCGCUGCAGCACAAAUGCGAGAAAUCUCACUUUGUCAUCGAGAAUUCUGGAUCAAUUCGCGAGACUCAGGCGGAGACACUCAAGAUCCUCGAGAUGCUGCAGGAGAGCAAUCAUCACUGGAAGCUCAGGGGUAUUCUGCUCACCACGGCGGCCAUUCUCUUCUCGGGCAUCGCCUGGUUCCUCCACCAUCGAUACAAAAUUUUCACACUGCCCCAGAUCCAGUAGAUUCUGAGCAGCAGCACAGUGGCAUUUCUUUCUUUUCCAGGAUGAUGGUGUCUUUAUUUUGUUGGUUUUUUUUGACUACCUUUCUUAUCCCUUUGUUGGUUCUUGCGAAAUCCUCUCAACAUCCCCGAAUUCCAUGUGCAAAUAUGUGAUUCCCGCUAAAGUGGAACAAACUGCAAGUCAUGAAUAUGAGAUGAUUUUUUCUCAAAACA